GUCAUGGACAACCAAUCUUUUAAUACACAGUUUUUGGAACUUGAAAGCGCGAAGCAAGAUGGAUGCUUGAACAAAAUUUACAAAAAAGAAGAAAAUUCAAAAGUUUCUGAACACGCAAACGAAAGGUAUCCAGUGUGGUCUAUAGAGGAUGAUACACUUUUCCAGCCAUGCGGGCUCAUAAAUCACAGUGAUGGCGCCGGAAAGUCUGUGUUUGUCGUCUGGAACGAGUAUUACCUGCUUAAUUUUCGCCUCAGAAAUUCCAAAAGGGGAGAGAACGUAGACAUGAUAAAGGUCCGGGUUCCGUUGCCAACCAACGGACGCAGAUAUUUGCAAGCUAUGUGUAUCCUUAAUUACAACAGCCUGUUACUAAUGUCAGACGGGCAUAUUUAUUGCUAUGGCUCUAUAAAAUCCCUACACAUUGUUCCCUGGCUCAGUGGCGUGCGUUGUUUUUCCCGAAACGAGAAUGGUUUCAGUGUGAUUCGUCACGACGAAAUCAAGCAACGACUGUUUCUGGAGACCUAUGCAGAUGUACCAAGCUUUGAUAAGGGCGAGAGUACUGUGCUGAGCAGUUUUGACAUUACCUACGAUGAUCAGAACAUAUUUAAUUGUGACUGGAAAAACGAUCGAACAACGAUUACAACGCUCACAGUCACCCAGGAGGAUCAUGAUUUCAUGCUGAAGCUAUUUGGUGUGGCUACUAUUGGAGAACAGCUGCACAUUUUUAGCAUAGCUGGACAAGUCUUUGCUCUACUGCCACAGGAUCCAGACGCCGAUCCUCAUUAUCUCAUAGAAAUGCAAUGCACCUAUGCAGCAUCUGUUGAUUUUGUACGCAUAUUUCCGAAAAGUAAUCUCUGUUUAGUCUACCUGAGCUGCGGCAGCGUUGACAUGUGGUUUGUCUCCAAGCUAACGGGCUUAAAACAGCGUCGUAUGUACUUUGUCGGUGCCAAAUGGCUGGAUUUUGAUGGCAGUAGCGAUAAUGGUGAUUUCUACUAUACUGAUGGAGAACAAAUUGUGCGUCUCCGAUACGAAUAUGAUGAGCUAACGGAUAGUUGUCGAACGCACCGUUGCGCCAAAUCCAUACCGGGCAUGGUGGCGUGCACAUAUGUGCAGCAUUCAGAGCAACUUGUGUGUCUCAGCGAAAACAAUAUAUUUUAUCGAAUAGGAUUUAGCAAGCACACCAAGAAUAACGCACAUGGCGACAUCCUAAAAGAUCUGACGCCUUCGUUUCUUGAAAGUCUGUUAAAGGACGCACAUGCGUUGGCACUCUUCGAGCAGCAGCCAGAACGUUUGCGACAGCCAACCAAGGCUGAGCUUGAAAAUCAGCGAUUGUUGGCUAUUGCGCGCAAGAAAAAGGGCAGCUUACCUCUCUUAGAGGCAUCACUGAUGUAUAUGCGCUAUCUGCCCCGGAACGAUAAGAAUACAGUAAUUCUGCAUACGGUCCGAAAAGCCGAAAUAGAUAGCAGCGGCAUCUAUGUCACACUUCGACUCAAGGUGAACGAACCUCAGCAACUACUGUGCAGCAAUCAAUGGCAGCUAGUAGUCUAUCAGGAGGAGCAAGCUUAUGUAAUUUGUGUUUCACCACAGCUGCUGAUUGAUAGGGAUUGCUGUAUCUUGAUAUCCUUGCAUAAUGCCUUAAACGAAAAACUGCCUGAGUUCACAAUGAAGCUUGUGGCGUUUGUGGAGUUGCACUCACAGAUCUGUGCUAUCACAAUUCCAGUUGAAGUGAAAAAGACGAGCGAAACUUACUGUCGAUUAUUUAGUUUCCAUCACUCUUCUUUUAAUAUAUUUAAUGAACCCACUGUCGCAGAUAUUAUUCCAAACCAACCCAAAAGAACAGGCAACUUGAUGAUUACCCACAAAAUGCAAGUACCCGAGAACACAAAGUUUGACGGAAUAUUCGCUGCCUUCGAUGGUGAAAGUGAGUCCCAGGAUAGUGUCAAUGAUAUUUAUUUUAUUGAUACGAAGCUUAUCAUUACUUCCACUGAUAAUUACGACACCUGUAUCUUCACUUUGCAAAGUAUGAAUGCUCCGGCUAUAUAUUAUUUUAAGCUACAUCUGGUGUUAAAUGAGAUCAAGUGCACAAAUGGGGCAGAAGAUAUGAACUUAAAUCAACAGAUCACGGAAUUGCAAUGCGACAUUGAGAAAUUUUAUGGCACACAAUCACCAGGUAAAGAAGGGAUAAAAACAAAUAUUCCAGUAUAUUUGGAAACAUUACAUAGAGCAUAUGAUAAAAUACGCAAUACAAUAUUAAAAAAUUGAAAACUAAUUUUAUUA